AUGUGGAUCAAUACCGGCUCUGACAAUCUUCGUCCGACAUCAAACUAUGACGAAGAAGAAGUCGAAGCGUUCUAUAUGGACUUGGAGAAGUUUUACAAAGAAGACCAUACAUUCUUCAAGGUUAUCAUUGGAGAUUUUAACGCCAAGACUGGACCAAGAAGGUCUGAAGAACGUCACAUUGGGACCCACGGAUUAGAAUGGAACGAACAGGUUGAGCGGCUAUCUGAAUUCACCAUAAUGACCGAGACCAUCCAUGUAAAUAGAAGGCUUUGCCUAACCGAUGUCGCUUUUGUCCCAAAAUUCUACACUGGAUCCGACCAUCGCCUUCUUCGUGCAAGAUUCUAUUUCUCCCGGAAAGGAGAAAAAGACGCCAAAUUCAAAAACCGAAUUCCCAGAACCACCAUAAACUGGGACUUAUUCAAUUCAUUAGUCGGCUGUUGGGAAGAUGCCGUUGUCGAUAACAUCGACGAAGAAUACGAUCGGCUCAUUCAACAUCUUCACGUUAGCGCUAUGAAAGCUGAGAGAUUGAAGGUCACCAAGAGACGUUUGUCUCCAGAAACACUCGCGCAGAUACGCCAGCGUGGAAUCGCACGAGCUGCAGGCAACCGCGAACUAACAUCCGAACUUGCAGAACAAUGCAGACAUGCGACAAAAGAAGAUCUUAGAAAGAGAAAGGCGACAGUAAUGGCCGAAGCCGCCGAGGCUGGAAAAAGCAUUCCCAAAGUCCACCGAAGCUUCGCCAAUUACAUGGCCAAGAUGAUUGCACUCCGACGCCCAGAUGGAACUGUUAUAGCGUCCAGAAAGGCAAUGGAGAAAACCAUUCACGAAUACUACUCGGAUCUCUUCGAUAGCCAAGUCCACCUUCCGUUAUAUAAAAUAAAGGAGGAUGGAUAUGUUGCACCACCAAUUCUCCCUUCCGAAAUCCGACAUGCCAUUUCGUCGGUGAAAAAUCCAACGGUACCAGGUCCAGACAGGACAAGACCAGAACACCUGAAGAGCCUUCCGCCAGUCCUCAUAAACACACUGGCUCGGCUCCCCACACGCUACUUGUCUGAAUGCAAGGUUCCUACUCAGUGGAAGACCAGCGAGACCGUGUUAUUGUUCAAGAAAGGUGACCUACACGAUAAUAUGGGAGUUUAA